GCUGCUUAAUGUUAUGUCAUUUACAGGUGCUAUUCAGAGCAAGUUGACUAGCUACUGUCCAGGAUGCAAGGCUAAGUCAUUGCUGAUGUACAUGCAAGGAGGUCCCGCCCACUUGUACCUGAAGAAAAACAAGGUGACGACAGUCGCCAAGCUGAAGAAAGGAGGCCAUGGGGACAUGGUUUGUUUCUGGAAGGCACUAGGGAACAUGAUGAGCAAACUCGAGCCUGACUCCACAGUCAUACACAUCAUGGGCUGUAACGUCAUGGGGUAUCCUAAAUAUGUGGGCAUUGAUUUGUUUGAGUGCUUGCAGGAGAUGAUGAAACCAUCCAUUGUUAGAUUUGAGGCUCCACUAGAAAUGUCCAUCGAGGGUAAUGCUGUCAUUAACAGUUACUUUGACACCAACAAGUACAAGCUGUGGAAGUCCCAGAGAUACUCCAACCUGGACAGGGUGUUUGGACUCUGAGCUUCAACUGUUGCAAAAUGAAACAAAAAGGUCCUGUUGAAAACUCUACUAUACUAUGCUGAAUAUACCACAAAGUCAAGUUCUCAUCCAUAAUAUGCCAGUUUUUCUUGAUGCAUGUAUGUGACUCCUGUAGCCAUUUGAAUAUUGCAGACUUAAACACCCACUUACAGCACAAUCUACAGGAGAGAAAAACUGGUGAGAACUUGCCUUAAAAGUUUGUAGUAUAUCUAGCAUAGCAUAUAAGGCCUUCAAUUGAACAUUUUUGUUUACUUUCACCAAACCAACAUUGGCAGAAGCGGACCUUUGGGGAGCGACUAAAAGCACAAUAAGGCUGGACUCCAGGCUACCUUCAACCUGUCAGUGUCACACCUUUAGGUUACUUA